CUCAUAUGGAGAUCGCAGCAGAUGAUCAAAUUUUGUUGGCAACAGCUAUGGUUUUGGUAAAGGAUGCCACAGCUUCGCCUUCGUCGUGAAAAACACCACAUUGGAAUUCGCAGUAUAGGAGACUCCCUUACUAGUUUGAAGGCUCGUACGACUACCUCUAUUAAGUCACGUACUUCCGGCUAUCAGCUCACUCUCCAGCUUGGAAUCACAUCCCAUAUUGCCUACCAGCCAGAUAGUGAGAUCGACAUAUCGAAUUGGAACCUACCAGCUAACACUCCAUUGGCUGACGAAUCGUUCUAUAGGACUAAACGUAUUGAUUUGUUACUGGGGACCGAAGCCUUCUAUGGAGCUCUAGCUGUUGGCCAGAUUCGCAUUGGUCCAAAUCUUCCCACUUUGCAGAAGACUCUUUUUGGUUGGGUUGUUGCUGGGAGGUACCAGCGGCAAUAUAGCAGACAGCCACCAUUGUGCUUGGCGACUGUAGAAGAGUCGAUCGACAAGAAUUUGCAGCAAUUAUGGAAAGUGGACUCAUUUGUCGAUCCAAGCGCUAGAAUGCUCCCAAAUCAUCGUCGCUGUGAGGACCAUUUCAGGGACACAACACAUCAGGAUGUCAGUGGGCGGAUUGUCGUUCGCUUGCUAUUUCAAGAAGAUCCAAGUUGUCUUGGAAGUUCCUUCGAUACAGCUCGAACUCGAUUUUUUGCCAUUGAGAGACGUCCCGCUCGUCUACCGGAAAUUCGCUCGCACUAUAUCUCGUUCAUGCAGGAAUAUGAAAGUCUCGGCCAUAUGUCCCUCGUACUGAAUCCUAACUUGGAAGAACCGCAUUAUUAUAUACCCCACCAUUUCGUUCUGAAACCAAGCAGUACCUCGACGAAACUCAGAGUUGUCUUUGACGCCUCUUGCCGUACAACAUCUCAAAGGUCACUUAACGAUCUACUUUUAGUCGGCCCUACCAUUCAGGAUGAGUUGUACUUGCAAUUGCUGCGGUUCCGCAUGCAUAGGUUCGGCAUCACAGCCGACGUCACAAAAAUGUACAGGCAGGUACUUGUGAGUGAGAAGGAUAGAAAAUUCCAGUACAUUUUGUGGCGAGCAUCUCCAAAUACGGAUCUUCAAACCUACCAACUCAAUACAGUGACAUAUGGGACUGCGUCUGCCCCAUUUCUCGCAACUCGUAGUUUGCAUUACUUGGCUGAGGAUUGUAAGGAUGCAUGGCCAUUAGGGGCUGCUGCUGUUAAAACUGCAUUUUAUGUUGAUGACCUUUUGUGUGGGGCUGAUGAUAUAGAUACACUCUUCAAACUAAAAACUGAAAUCACAUCAACUCUCGCUCGUGGUCAGUUUCCAUUAUGCAAGUGGCAUUCAAAUCAUCCAGGCGUGAUGGAAGACGAAUCUACCAAGGAAUUAAACAUUUCAGAAAACUCAGUCAGCAGCACACUCGGCUUAACUUGGCAUCAACGAAGAGAUGCAUUUAGUUUCACAUUUAAUCCAAAGGAAGUCUAUCCCACUACCACAAAACGAACAAUUUUGUCUACUGCGUCGUCGCUAUUCGAUCCAAUCGGUCUGCUAUCACCGUUAGUCAUUGUCUCUAAGAUCAUUCUUCAGGAGUUGUGGCUUUUGAAACUCGACUGGGACGAGUCUGUCCCCCAGAAUUUAAGCCACGCAUGGAGCAAGUGUUUGGAAUCGCUGAAUUCACUGUCGUCACUAGCGGUACCUCGUUUUUGUUUGCAGCCUGAUACUAGGAGCAUUCAAAUACAUGGAUUUUGCGACGCAUCGAUUCGGGCAUACGGCUGCUGUGUUUAUGUGCGCACGGAGAAUUCGCUUGGACAGGUCACAGUGAAAUUGUUCACUUCUAAGUCUAGAGUAGCACCAGUGAAGAAACAGUCUCUUCCGAAGCUUUAACUAUGCGGCGCACAUCUACUUUC